GUCGGUCUUGCGAGGUUGUGAUGAAGACUGAAAGCUGCACAUACCCGGCAGAACAAACUUGUGUUCGGAAGCUGGAUGCUGAGACCAGUGGGGCCAGUUUCACAAAUCAGCCCUCCCUUCAACACAUUAUGUGCACGGUGGACUGAAAGAGAGGUGGACUGAGUUAGCGAGCGAGCCAGAGAAAAGCCCGGCUCGGCUGGAUAAUGAAAAAACAGAGACAGGUACUGAUAUCUUCGAGGCGUUCCUGUUUCUAAAGCAGAGGGCAGAACAAAAUCUAAUCCCCGCGCUGCUGUUUUCUGCUCAGGCUGAUUAUCACAGUGAAGCUUAAAGACCAACUGUGCAAACCGAAGGGAAGUAACCUUGCCAGCUCCAGACAGGACUUUGCAGCAACAAAGUAACCAAAGGAAAAAUGGGACAGAGAGGUAUUUCCGGCAAGACUUACUGGAAGUUUUAUACCGUGUUUCUGCCACUCAGCAUGGGGCUGUUCGCCUGGUGUGUUGCGAUGGAAGUAGAGGAAUCCAGCUGGCAAGCGGACAGCCGCUUUUACAUUAAGCCACCGCACUGCGUGGAUAUUCCUUUCGCCUUGAGACUUUGCAACAACGUCGGGUACCACAAGAUGAGCUUGCCCAACUUGCUGGACCACGAGACCAUGGAGGAGGUGCAGCAACAGGCGAGCAGCUGGGUGCCGCUGCUGAACAAGAACUGUCACCCCAACACCCAGCUCUUUCUCUGCUCACUGUACGCUCCCAUCUGCCUGGACAGACCCAUCUACCCGUGCCGCUCACUCUGCACGGCAGUGCGGGACGCCUGCACACCUGUUAUGGAGUUCUUUGGCUUCCCUUGGCCGGACAUGUUAAAGUGCGACAAGUUCCCACUGGACAAUGACCUGUGCAUCGUCUUUCCCAACCCGAACGCCACUCUCUCGACCAGCUCGCAAGCAGCAUCAGAAGUGUGUCCACCGUGUGACAAUCAGAUGAAUACAGACAUUAUUCUGGAUCACCUCUGUGCAAGUGAAUUUGCUCUCAAGAUGAAGAUCAAAGAAGUCAAGAAGGAAAAUGGAGAUCGGAAAAUCAUUCCACAGAAGAAGAAAAAGCCUCUGAAACUGGGACCGCUCAAGAAAAAGGACCUGAAGAAGCUGACCUUGUACAUUAAGAAUGGGGCAGACUGCCCUUGCCACCAGCUAGACAAUCUCAACAGUAACUUCCUCAUCAUGGGUCGUAAGGUGAACAAACAGAAUCUCCUGACAGUUAUUCACAGGUGGGACAAAAAGAGCAAGGAAGUCAAAAAAGCUGUGAAGAAAAUGAAGACUCAUGUAUGUCCCACAUUCCAGGGUGUCUUCAAAUGAUGUUCUGCCUUGUCUUUAAUCAAUCAAGAGCGGUUGAACUUGCACAUGCAUUUUUAAAAUAAAAGUUAAACUGAUUUUUUUCCAUAAAAUAGGAUGUCCCUUUUGAACUAUGAUUUUCCCCUUUUACUUAGAUCCUGUGUGUAAUGAAAGUAUUUUUUAUUUCUUUCUGUUAAUCAGUACAAUAGCAUAGACUAUUAAGCCAGAGAGAGGGAAAGAAAUUUUAAAGGGAGGUAUUUGGAUAAAGUCUAUGUUUUUUCUGCUAAUUAAAUAUCAUCCAGCAAUGUUCAGACAGAUAAAAACCUCUCUAAUGGGCAAGCAGUCCUAUGGUCCUCUUGGGCUGUGAUAACUUUACCUUUACCUGUAGAAAGGGAGUCAUUACUCAGGCCCUUUAAAAGUGCAAUUGGAUGGAAUUUAAAUUUAGAAAUGAUGUUUGGAGUAUAACAGAAAUUUUUCAGCCUUUAUGACCCCAUCUCUCAUGCCCACGUGAUCUCUGAAGAACCACAAGAGGGAAAUAAAAGCACAGUUUUGAAAAAAAAGUCACUUGAGUAUUGUAUUCAGUGAGCACUUGGUUGGAUUAUAUAUGUGAUUGGCUACCUGGGAAGUUUCAGAUCUGCUUAAAGAUUCUGGGUACAGACAAAGUUGCCAAAAAACCACUUGGCUUCUGCCCAAAGUGCUGACCUGUAAACACUCACUGUUGCAGAUUAUAACUAACAUCUGACCAUCACUUUCUCCCUCGGUAUAAUUGCAAGAUAAAAACUUCUUAAAAGAUUCAUCAAACAUCCAUAUGGUAUUGAACUUGGACUGUUUCCAAAGACUCCCAUCUCCUUCUGGCACUGCAGCUUUACAGACUGACAGCUUUGAACAGCUCGAAUGUGUUCACAUAGAAUUAACAAGUAAUUUGGAAAAGAUGAGCCUUGUGUAAUGGACAAAUUAGGAAAAGGUUCAGAGAGAACUAAGUUUUGUUCUUUGUAGAUUUGAGGACAUGAGUUAGGGAGGUUUUCGGUUACAAACUUUUUAAAGUAGAGCUUCACUUCUGUUGGUGUUUACCAAAAGACAAAUUUUAUACUGGAACAAUUAUCAGCAGCUUCUUCAUUUCCUGCGUUUAGUCUUCUGUGCGUUAAUAAUCAUUUAUGAUUUCUCUUACAGAUUUACCUGCGUUCAGUAAAGCAAUGGUACAAUGGUGUUUCUGUAUCACACUGAUAUAUUUUCAUCUCUUUCAAUGUGUUAUCAACUCAUUUAAAGUUCUAAACAAAAAGACUGCACUGUGAAUAUAUCAUUCUACCAUGACAAAGUAUCUGGAGAAGUAUUAUUUUCACCUGACUUUAUUUCACUAAUUUCAAACAGUUUGGAUAAUUGCUCAGAGUAAAGAGCUGCUUCCUUUGUAGUUCCUUGUAAUUAGACCUGCUUUUUGAAAAUAA